UCUUUUUAAAUUUAAAUAAUUUAAUUUAUUUGUACAUUAUAACGAAUUCUUAAAAAAAAAAUAAAAAAAAUAAAAAUACGAAUUUUAUUUAUUUUACAUAUAGUUAAUUAUUAUAUAUUAAUCUUAUAUUUCUCUUUCACAUUUUAUAGUUUUUUUUUUUUUUUUAAAUUUUCACUUUUCAUUUUCAAUUAUUUAUUUUAAAUAUAAUUAUAUGUAAUCAAAACAAAAAAGAUGGGAUCAACAACAAAUCCACACACUUUCCAAGAUGAAUUAAAUAAUAAUAAUAAUAAUAACCAUAAUAAUGUUUUUAAAUACAACCCAUUGUUUGACUUGGAAUCAAACAAGGAGAAUAAUUUAAAUCAAGCAAAUUAUUUUAAUAACAAUAUCAAUAACAAUAAUAAUAAUAAUAAAGAUAAAAAAAUCACUUUACCAUCUACCACUUUAAAUAUUAGUGGCAGUUUUUCAAUUGGUUUAAAUAAAAAGCCACUAUUAUCACCAAGAUUGUUAUCUCCAAGAGUUCUAUCACCAAGAAGUAUUGGUAAUAGUACUGAAAAUAUUUUUCAACCACCACCACAACAACAACACACCUCUUCUUUAUUAGAAGAUACAAUUUCAAAUUUAAAUAACUCUUCUUCACAUAAUAACAACGGUGAAGAAGUUGUUCCACACAAAAAACAUAGAAAUUCACAAAUUUUGUCAAAAAAUUUUAUUUCCCUAUCACUAGAGACCGACUCACCAAAACACUCAAGAUCAACUACUGAUCUAAACACAUUCUUUCAUGAAAGUGAUCCAGAUCAAUAUAUAUACAAUACAAGAUCUAAAACUAUCUGUGGAGGUGAUCUACAUAGUUUAGUAUUGGAUUUUGGUAAUAAUAACAACAAUAAUAAUAAUAACAAUAAUAUUUUUACAAAAUUCCAAACCAAUAAUAAUAAUAAAAAUAAUAAUAAUAUAGAGAAUUUAGAAAAUUUAAAUAAUAAUGUUAAUAAACCGACAGUUGUUCAUUCUCAUUCAUUAAAUUUUAUACCAAAUACUCAUGUAAAUAAUAUGUCAGCUUUACCAUCAGUUUUAUCAUCAUCAGCACCCUCUUUAAUGUCAUUGUUGGAAUCUUCAUCAAAUAAUAAUAGUGAUACCAGUUUAAAUGAAGAAGAUGUUACAGUUAAUAAUAUUGACCAACAUAUUUCAUUUUGUAUUGAUUCCCCAUUAAAAGACUCAAUGUGCCAAGAUGAAGACGAUGACGAUAGUACUCCACCAACACCAAUUCAAAGACAACCCUAUAGAUCUGCUUCAGCAAUUCUAAGUCCACCAUUGUUAGUUAGCUCAUCCGGCUUGUUUAGUCGUCAAAACAGUGCUUUAAAUAAUGAUCAAGUCUUUGCAUCAUCACCCGAGUUAUCCCCAAUGGCUCCAACUCCUGUUCAAAACAUAAAUAAUAAUCCACAUAAUCAAAGUCAUACUGAAGAUGACUCACCAAAUACCAGUUUAGAUAAUUUUGGUUCAUCAUCUCCAUAUAAAACACCAAGCAAACUUUCAUCAUCAUCAUCAUUUUUCAUCCCACAAUCAAAUUCAUCAUCAUCUCCAUCUGCUGGUAGCAAACGUUCUAGAACUUGCUUAGAUUUUACAAGAUAUACAUCAAAUUCAAAUUUUGAAGAGGAACAACAACAACAACAUCAACACCAACACCAACAAUUAUCAUCAUCACCAACAAAUCCCUCAUUAUCACAAACUACAGUCUCACCAACUAUUUCACCAAGGAUCAUUUCACCAACUACUACCACCAGUACAUUAAGUUCAAUUCAGCAAAAUUUAAAACAAAAUUUAAAUGUUCCAUCUUAUUUAAAUCAUUUACAACGUUCAAACUCUAUUAGCAGCUCAAGACCUCCUCGUCCACUUUCAAUGUCAAUGUCUGUUGCCUCCUUUAGAGCUCCUGAUAUUGCUUCCGCUGUUGCAGCCAAUGGCAGUGCUUCCUCUGCCACUAUCACAAAUAAACCACUUCCAUUUGAUAAUAUUCCAAUGAAUAAUAGCAAUGAAAGUUCAACAAAUGUAUAUAAAAAUGAAACUCAACAAAAAAUUAUUAAAUUUAUCGAAGAGCAAAAUAAACGUUCUCAACAACAACAAAACCAAACCUCAGAUAGCAGCAUCAAGAAUAAGGAUAACACCGAAGAUGAAAACAAUAUGAUUGAAGAGGAUAAUCUUGUAGAUUUCGAGCACGAACAAAAUAAACCAAAAUUAUUAGCUUGCAAACAAACUCAAGGUUAUAAUAGUGUUUUAUGUGAAACCGUUUAUGAAUUAUUAAACUCUAAAAAUACAGACGCUUUGGUUACCAUUAUUGAUUGUAGAUACGAAUAUGAAUACCUUGGUGGUCAUAUUAAAAGUGCUAUCAAUAUUCCACCCAUUGGUUCCGAACAAAAGGUUAUUGACACAUUCUUUACCAACCCAACUCCAAAAGAUAAACAACACAUCAUCAUUUUCCAUUGCGAAUUUUCUUCAAAAAGAGCUCCAGAUUGGUAA